GGAAGUAAUUCACACAUCAGAUCGGCAGAUUGGUUCCACGAGGAUAUCUGGGGAUCGGAAUAUGUGACAAGACUAGAGAUAAACAGCAAUAAAACUGAGUUUUUUUUGUUCCAGCCGAGGAGCACAGUGGUUUCGGAAUGGAGCAGUCACCGUCUAGAAGCAAGUUGAAAAAGCUGAGUGAAGACAGCUUAACAAAGCAACCAGAGGAGGUUUUUGAUGUUCUUGAGAAACUGGGUGAAGGGUCCUAUGGCAGUGUAUACAAAGCUAUACACAAGGAGUCUGGUCAGGUGGUAGCCAUCAAACAAGUCCCUGUGGAGUCUGACCUCCAGGAGAUUAUUAAAGAGAUAUCCAUCAUGCAGCAAUGUGACAGUCCCUAUGUGGUGAAGUACUAUGGCAGUUAUUUCAAAAACACAGACCUGUGGAUAGUGAUGGAGUACUGUGGAGCGGGCUCUGUCUCAGACAUCAUCAGGCUGCGCAACAAAACACUCACUGAGGAUGAGAUCGCAACGAUCCUCAAAUCCACCUUGAAGGGUCUGGAGUAUCUGCACUUUAUGAGGAAAAUCCACAGAGACAUAAAAGCUGGUAACAUCCUCCUCAACACGGAAGGCCACGCCAAGCUGGCCGAUUUCGGCGUGGCCGGACAGCUCACCGACACCAUGGCAAAACGCAACACUGUGAUCGGCACGCCCUUCUGGAUGGCCCCCGAGGUCAUCCAGGAGAUCGGGUACAACUGCGUGGCCGACAUCUGGUCCCUGGGCAUAUCGUCCAUAGAGAUGGCGGAGGGGAAGCCCCCCUACGCAGACAUCCAUCCAAUGAGGGCUAUUUUUAUGAUUCCCACAAACCCGCCGCCGACCUUCAGGAAGCCUGAGCUGUGGACAGACGAGUUCACGGACUUCGUGAAGAAGUGUCUGGUGAAGAACCCCGAGCAGAGAGCCACUGCCACCCAGUUGCUACAGCAUCCGUUCAUCAGGAACGCCAAGCCCGCCUCCAUCCUGCGGGACCUGAUCACGGAGGCCAUGGAGAUCAAGGCCAAGCGGCAGCAGGAGCAGCAGCGGGAGCCGGAGGAGGAGGAGGAAGAGCACUCGGACGAGGAGACAGAGGUGGAGGUGGACUCGCACACCAUGGUGAAGACGGGCUCGAGCGCGGCCAUCACGCGGGCCGCCGGCACCAUGAGCGACGGGGCGCAGACCAUGAUCGAGCACGGCGGCACCAUGCUGGAGUCCGACCUCGGCACCAUGGUCAUCAACAGCGACGAGGAGGAGGAGGACAGCACCAUGCACAGAAACUCAGUUUCCCAGCAGGCUCAGCGGCCAUCCUUCAUGGACUACUUUGACAAACAGGACUCCAGGAACAAAGCCCCAGACCCCUGCAGCCAGAACAAGCAGGAGCCGUACCUCAUUACCAAGAGCGUCUUCCCUGAUAGCUGGAAAGUUCCACUAGAUGGCGACUUUGACUUUCUGAAGAACCUGGGCUACGAGGAGCUGCAGAUGCGUCUGAGCGCGCUCGACCCCAUGAUGGAGCGCGAGAUCGAGGAGCUGAGGCAGCGCUACACCGCCAAGAGGCAGCCCAUCCUGGACGCCAUGGACGCCAAGAAGCGGCGGCAGCAGAACUUCUGAGAGUGAGAGGAGGAGCGCUCCGAGACCCUGCCACGACAUCCUGCAGUAUCCAUGCUCAUCGGCAUCCCCUUCCCUCCGGCCUCGGGUUUCCGGGCCUUCGAGACCGUCCUCCCCCAGGGUGUGGCUGUCCGACACACUCCACGCUGAUAGGGCCAGACUAUGGGCAGUGGGCAGGAAGUAGAAGAAAUCCAGCAGCCACCUCUCCCAACCCGACCACCUAUCAGCCUCUUUCUCUCCUCUCUGCCUCUUUUCCCAUCGGCUCCCUCAUCUGUUAGGGUAUCUUUUUACCAGAACAAAAGGCCUUCAUCCUUUAACCCUCUUAAACUGUUCUCUACCUUCUCUUCUGUUCUCCGCUUCCACCUCCCUCAGGUCCCAGGGGAGGAGAGGCCUCAUUCCUAUAGACCACACCUCUUUGGGGGAGAGGAGGUCCUCUUAUUUCUUUGUUAGUGCCUCAGACCACAUCCAGCCAAUCACAUGCCUUCCUCAAGGGGCAUGCCCAUCCGCCUCUCUCCUUGGAGACUGCCUUUCAGUCCCGGUCAGACCCCCACAAACACUACAGUCCUCUCAGAGAGAAAUCCCCAAUUCUCAGAAGCACAGGUCCCAGCCCAGGUUUCAUCACUAAUGUGCAAAAUAACUGAACUCAUGUUGGAUAUCUUAUAAUGAUAAUAAAUGCAGAUAUAGUUCAGUAUGAUUUAAAGGGGCAUUAAAGAUGCAAUGCAGUAGGUUGCAUUUACUCAUGUCACCUUUAUCAUCAUUAGCUGUAAUACAAUUCUGUUAUCUUUCACGAGGUGAGGAAGCGGGCAUUCAAAACCAAAGACAAUCAUGUAGGAAGGAUGUUGCUGCAGUUGUAACACAUGAUGAAUCUGGGUGCCUUAACAAGCUUCAAAGGGUUACUGCAUAUAAAAGACUUUGAAGCAGCACCAUUGGUCCCAGCAAGAAUGUUUCAUAAUAAUAACAGGGGGAAGUGUUAUAUUUAAGAAAAUAUUUUGAUGGAUGUGGUAUAUAUAUAUAUAUACCUCAUAAGCACUUUUGAGAGGCCAGACAAAAAACUUACCUUAGGCCAGGAGUUUUUUUUUUUUUAUUCUUUUUAUGAGUUUUACUAUUUUACAGUUACAGAAAAGCAUGGCCACUCUAUGGACUAUUUCAGUUUAUUUUUCCCAGCAUCUCUGCGUAUCUGACGUUUUCUCUCUCGAUCUCUUCCAUGAAAACUUGACGCUCCAAUAAAUGCUAAUGCCCCCUGAUGCAAAUCCCUCACUGGAUUCACCAUGAUGAAUAACUCCAUCUCACUGAAAGUUGUAAACACUUCCCGAAACAGGAUGCCCCUCUUUUCAUUAAGGGCAUUUAUUGUCUUUUUAUUAAUUUGUAUUUUACUCACGUUCAAUAAACUCAUGUAAAUGUAUGACUAAGCUGCUCUCUCUACUUUCUGGUCAUUUGUUUUUUUUUCCCCUGUAGGAGUAGAUGCAAAUAUUUCCACUCCCAAAUGAAG